GCGGCGCGGGCUGGGAGCGCCGCGGCGGGAGGAGGGUCUCCGAGCCCGGCAGGGUCUGCGAGCGCUCUGAGCCUGCGUCCAGCGAGGGGGAGGGUUUCCCCGGCCCGGCCGGAGGGGCGGCUGGGCGCUUCUGACUCUUAGCGCAAACAACUGUCAAGGGAGCAGGAGAGCGGAGCUGCCGGAAGUGUCUGCGCGCCGCGAGAGAACUUUCCUGCUCCGGCCGCGGCCCUGAGCCUCCGCGGCCUCCGCGCUCCCGGCGACGAUGCGUCCGGGUGACAACGACCUGAGCGGACCCGCGCCUCGGCCCGCCUCCCGUGUGUGCGCUCGCCUCGCCUCCGGGGAAGAAGCCUGAGCCCGGAGGCGUCCGCGCGCCGCGGAGCCCCGCGCAGGCGGCGCGGCGCGCGGGACCCGUUUCCCCUGCGCGUCCCCUUGCGUGCCGGCUAGUUCCCUGCGAUCGCGCGUCCCCGGAGCCGGCCGCGGUCGCCGGCUGUCCCCGCCCUGACCGCCGGCCCGGACGUGUCCUCGGCGGCCGCUGGCAGUGCCUGUGCCAUGGGGCUGCCGACUCUGGAGUUCAGCGACUCCUACUUGGACAGCCCGGAUUUCAGGGAGCGCCUGCAGUGUCACGAGAUUGAGCUGGAGCGAACCAACAAGUUCAUCAAAGAGCUCAUUAAGGACGGCUCUCUGCUCAUCGGGGCGCUGAGGAAUCUGUCUAUGGCAGUACAGAAAUUUUCCCAGUCACUGCAAGAUUUCCAGUUUGAAUGUAUUGGUGAUGCUGAAACAGAUGAUGAAAUUAGUAUUGCUCAGUCACUAAAAGAAUUUGCAAGACUACUCAUCGCAGUAGAAGAAGAAAGGAGAAGACUGAUUCAAAACGCUAAUGAUGUAUUAAUUGCGCCACUUGAGAAAUUUCGCAAAGAACAAAUAGGUGCAGCAAAAGAUGGAAAGAAGAAAUUUGACAAGGAGAGUGAAAAAUACUAUUCUAUUCUUGACAAGCAUUUAAAUUUGUCUGCAAAGAAAAAGGAGUCUCAUUUGCAGGAGGCAGAUACACAGAUUGACCGAGAGCAUCAAAACUUCUAUGAGGCAUCACUAGAAUAUGUCUUUAAAAUUCAAGAGGUUCAAGAAAAAAAGAAGUUUGAAUUUGUCGAACCGCUUUUGUCAUUCCUUCAGGGUUUAUUUACUUUUUACCACGAGGGAUAUGAACUCGCCCAGGAAUUUGCACCAUAUAAACAACAGCUGCAGUUCAACUUGCAGAAUACAAGGAAUAAUUUUGAAAGUACGCGACAAGAGGUAGAGCGGUUGAUGCAAAGGAUGAAAUCUGCCAGUCAAGAUUACAGACCACCCAGCCAGUGGACGAUGGAAGGCUACCUUUAUGUCCAGGAGAAACGACCACUUGGUUUUACAUGGACUAAACAUUAUUGUACAUAUGAUAAGGGAAGUAAAACAUUUACAAUGAGUGUUUCAGAAAUGAAAUCCAGUGGGAAAAUGAAUGGCCUUGUUACUAGCUCACCAGAAAUGUUUAAAUUAAAAUCUUGUAUCCGACGAAAGACAGAUUCAAUUGAUAAACGAUUCUGCUUUGACAUAGAAGUAGUCGAAAGGCAUGGAAUCAUCACAUUGCAAGCCUUUUCAGAAGCUAAUCGGAAACUCUGGCUUGAAGCCAUGGAUGGGAAGGAACCGAUUUAUACUCUGCCUGCGAUUAUUAGCAAGAAAGAAGAAAUGUACUUAAAUGAAGCAGGGUUCAACUUUGUGAGAAAAUGCAUUCAAGCUGUGGAAACGAGAGGUAUCACCAUUUUAGGUCUUUACCGAAUAGGAGGAGUGAACUCCAAAGUUCAGAAACUCAUGAAUACCACAUUUUCUCCCAAAUCCCCUCCUGAUAUGGACAUUGAUAUUGAACUGUGGGAUAAUAAGACAAUAACAAGUGGGCUGAAAAACUACCUCAGGUGCCUUGCAGAACCACUGAUGACUUACAAAUUACACAAAGAUUUUAUUGUUGCUGUUAAGUCUGAUGACCAAAACUACCGGGUGGAGGCUGUACAUGCAUUGGUGCACAAAUUGCCAGAGAAAAACAGAGAGAUGCUGGACAUCUUAAUAAAGCACCUGGUCAAAGUGUCACUACACAGCCAGCAAAAUCUCAUGACUGUCUCAAACCUUGGUGUCAUAUUUGGUCCGACUCUAAUGAGAGCACAGGAAGAAACUGUGGCUGCCAUGAUGAAUAUUAAAUUUCAGAAUAUUGUGGUUGAAAUUCUGAUAGAGCACUAUGAAAAGAUUUUUCAUACUGCACCAGACCCAAGCAUCCCUCUUCCUCAGCCUCAGUCUCGAUCUGGAUCCCGAAGGACACGUGCAAUCUGCCUCUCCACAGGUUCCCGGAAGCCCAGAGGGAGGUAUACCCCGUGCUUGGCAGAACCCGAUAGCGACUCCUAUAGCAGCAGCCCGGACAGCACGCCCAUGGGGAGCAUCGAGUCGCUUUCCUCUCACUCCUCGGAACAAAACAGCACGACAAAGUCCGCUUCCUGCCCUCCCAGGGAGAAGUCUGGAGGGAUUCCUUGGAUUGCAUCCCCAUCACCUUCCAAUGGACAGAAAAGUCUUGGUCUCUGGACAACUAGUCCUGAGUCAAGUUCUAGAGAAGAUGCAACCAAAACAGAUGCAGAAUCAGAUUGCCAGAGUGUCACUUCGGUCGCUAGCCCAGGGGAUGUGUCCCCACCCAUAGACCUGGCCAAGAAAGGGCCUUAUGGGCUUUCAGGACUGAAAAGAGCCUCAGCUUCCUCUCUCAGAUCCAUCUCUGCAGCGGAAGGAAACAAGAGCUACAGUGGAUCCAUUCAAAGCUUAACUUCCAUAGGCUCCAAAGAGACGCCCAAAGCCCCGCCAAACCCAGACCUGCCUCCCAAAAUGUGCAGGAAGUUAAGGCUAGACGCUGCCUCCAGCAAUGGUUACCAGCGACCCGGCUCCGUUGUGGCAGCAAAGGCCCAACUGUUUGAAAACGUUGGUUCACUUAAGUCAGUUUCUUCUGGGCGCCAAGCCAAAGCUAUGUACUCCUGUAAAGCAGAGCACAGCCAUGAGCUUUCCUUCCCACAGGGAGCGAUAUUUUCUAAUGUGUACCCAUCAGUGGAACCAGGAUGGUUGAAGGCAACUUAUGAAGGCAAAACAGGACUCGUCCCAGAAAAUUAUGUUGUCUUCCUCUAAUACUUUUUAGUGGAUGGCAGUAUCUUCAUGGUAUCCAUGGUAACAAAUAAUAAGUGCUAUGAUUUUAUCUGACACAGAUAUGGGGAUCAGCCUGUUAAAAUGAAAACAGUCAAUUUCUACCAAGUUUUACACCAGCAGACUAUGUAGCUCCCUAUUAAUGGAAAGGGAAAAAAUGUUUAAAUUGUUUGCCAUUCUUUUUAAUUUUGGCUCGUUUCAUAUUUUAAAAUAGCUUAUCCUCCCCUCCCCACCCCCCUUUUUUUUUUUGGAAAAGUAACUCUCCACAAUGUCUCUUUCAUAAUAAUUAUAGAAUCUCAAAUACUGUGUUAAGUACUAUAUCCCAGAAAUUUGGAAACCAGAAAUCUGCUAUAAGACUUUUGAGAUCUGCCCUUUACUGUCUGGUGUUCUCUGAGAAACUUUGAAAUCAUUACUAAAAAAUGUAAUUUAAAUUGUUCAUUUAUUAUUUUUUCUUAAAAAUAUACUGCUUUUAUAUAUGAUUGUUUUGCUGGUCCUAAACAUUUCAAGGAAAUAAGGAGUUUUUUUAACAUAGGUUUAUUUUUAUUUGUUUACCAAGUAGAUGAUAAUAUUCAAAAGCAGUAAUGAGUAAUGUAUAUGAUGUCUGUAAAUGAAACCAAAUAUGUCAUACACUGAUUCCACUGUAAACAUUCUAUCCAGCAUUCCAGAUGCCUUCUCUGGGCUUAGAGCAGGAUUCAGCAAACUAUUUCCGUAAGGGCCUGAUAAUAAAUAUUUUGGGCUUAACAGGUCGUGUGGUCUCCAUCACACUACUCCACUCUGCCAUUGUAGCAGAAAGCAGCCAUAGACAACAUGUAAAUGGCUGUGGCUGUGUACCAAUACCGCUUUCUUUCAGGACACUGAAAUUUGGAAAUCAUGAUUAUCACGUGUCAUGAAAUAUUAAGCUUCUUUGACUUUUAAAAUUCCAUUUAAAAAUAGAAAUGUUUUAGCUUAUGGGCCAUACGCAAACAGGUGACAGGCCAAAUUUGACUCAUGGGUCAUGGUUUGCUGACCCCUGGUUUAGAGGAUGUGUAAAACUAUCUUUAUAACUUUGAGAUUUUAUGAAAUUUUAUUCCAUUAACAUAUAAAUACUGAUAAAUCAUAUGCACAUAUCCUCUGCUAGUAGCAUUAUAGGGGUAUCACAAAUGUAUAAUUACAGUAAUAGGAAAACAAUGUAAAAGUGCAGUACACAGGCAUACAACUUAAAUUCUACUUGUAACUCUGUAAAGUGUCAAAGUAUUUUAUUGAUAUCUAAUUUUGGCUUUUGAGAAAUUGUCCUACAAAUGAUAAAGAUGCUGUUUUAAGACAGUGGUAGGGACACUAUGCCUUCUAAAGUCUACGCUAAGUUGAAACAUAAUCUAAACAUAAAGGUACAAGAUUCUUAAAUUAUUUUGAGCCAGAGAUCGUAAUUGUUUCAUCAUCUUUAGCAGGAAUAAAGUCAUACAUAAUUUUCUGCUAUGCCUUUCAAUUUACAGCCUUUAUUAGGAAUUUCACUGAAUUUAUAGAGCAUAGAAAUAGGUGUUUACUAUCCAUUUAUAUUUACCAUCAACAUCUGAUCAUUCAUCAAUCAUUAUUUCUAUUAUGUCUAUUUUAAUAAUCCUCAUAUUAUUUCUAUACAUAUCUGCAUAUGGCAAAGAGCCUUUCUUCUCAAGAUUCCAAAAAGCUGGUUCCCUGCCAUCAACUCCACAGCACCGGCCCCCUUGGCCACAGUAUUAUACUUCCUACUUCAGAGUUCUUCACUGUACAGACACUCAGGUAUUGACUGUAGACAGUUCUUUUUACGUGAUAUUAUGAUCUGUAAUCUCAAUCUCUUCUACUUUAAAUUAAUGUUUCUAGAGUCAAUAGGUUAAAUUAUACACACACACAUAUACAACUAUGCCUUGGAGCAUUUACACUUUUAAAAUUAAAAAUGGAAUAAUGGAGUAGGAUCUAAAGGUAAAGAGAAUAACAGUAGGCAGAAUCACAACCAGAAAGAAAUAUCAGUGCAUUGAAAUAAAGGAAUGAAAAAUAUUUAAUGUUGUAAAAAUUAGUAAUAUCAUGAAAAAAUCUGAUACAUUUGUCUCCUUUUUUUUUACCUGCUAGUGUUGAUUUUUUACACUAUAAUUUUGUGUUGCUAGAGCUUCUUUGUCUCUGGAUCCUUGGUGGCCCUUAGUAAUAGUAAUUGCAUUGCUGACACCCUGACUACCCUCUGCUGGAACAGAGGUGAUCUCUCUAGUGGACCAGUCCCUUAGUCUACAACACCCUCAGUUAAAGCACCCUUGCAAGCAUCUGGCAUCCUACUAAAUUAGAGCCUCUUAAGGCAAAUUGAUUUUUCUUUCAAAGACCAACUUGACUCCAAAAAGUGAUUCAGAGUCCUACUUCACUUGCUGCUGCAUAGAGAAAUCUCAACCUUCAUUUUAUUUUAACACAGGCCGGAGUGUUCCUGCCUCUGAGUUGUCUGUGAGCUAAUUCCACAGAUGCUCAGUGAGGAAUUAAAGCAUUUGCUGUUAAAGACAUGGGCAUGAGGCCCCUCUCCUUUCUCAUCAUGAGGCAUAUAUUGUGGCAGUACUUGAUAUGGUCCCUUUUUUGAAACAAGCUACAAAAAUGCUUGUUCAAAUUGUGCUUUUGUUUGAAGUUUUAAUCUUACAGAUUUGUGAGGAUGAUCUUUUUUCUUCAUAUUGAUUGUGUGUGGAAGCAAGUCAUGGCCAUAUGCUAGGGAUAGACUGAAGCUGCUUUUCCCUAGAAAUGUUUCCAACAGAAAAAGUAUUUAUGAGCAUUGAGAAAAAUCAGGAUAUGUGCUCUAAAUCACAUGGAAUAUUAAUUACACAAGAAGGUAAUGCCAGUCACUAGAAGAGGAUCACGUUUGAAAUUAUAACAGCGUUUCAAUAAUGAAACCUUAGCUUUUCAGAGACAUAGUAAAGAUAUGUUAGAAAUGCCACAUGCACACCUUUGAAACACACAACGUGGGUGCCCUAAUCACUGCUGACAGUAUAAUCAGUAUGAGACUGAGAUUGAUGAGUCCAAGUCAAUCAUCUCAUCUGUUAUGUGAAAAAAUCGUCGAGUACAAAACUUUUACGUAUAUUACAGGUGACUUUAGUUGUGCUGUAAUGCCACCAACUUAUAGGAACUAGUCAGUUAACUGAAGGCUUUUUGUGUUGUGUGUAAAUGUCUGAGCAGUGGAAUAAUCUUUGUAUUCCUCUAAAGUCUGUGAAGUAUGAGGAAAUUGCCGUUUCUCCUUGUUAGACAAGAGUGGUUUUACCAGUUGUGUUGGCUCUCUGUGCCUUGCACUAUGAAUGGGCAUAAUCAGGCUUCCCAACAGUGGCUCAUUUGAUGGCUCUUUCAGGAAGGGUGGAGAUUUUUUUUUAAUUGCACCUUACAAUCCCAACUAUCCAGGUUCUCAAAUAGCAAAAGUAGGAAACAUAAUGAUUUGUAGUAGGAGACAUAAUGAUUUGGAGUUUAUUCCUAUUCUGUGAUAAUUGAUUUUACAUAUUGUGACAUGCCUCCUAAAAAUCCACCAUGAUGUAAGGAAACUAAAUCUGGCACUGCAGUCCUGUGGAGACAGCACCUGCUGACCUCUUCGCUCCCAGCCUCAUCUUCAGGUCUGUCCGUGUCUGAUGUGCAGAGGAUAUCAUUCACAUGGAUGCUGAUUUAGAAGAGUCCCUCAGAGCCUUUCUUCAACCAACUUCAAUUUUUAGUAUGCCCCCCAAUUAUGUAUUUGGGAUGCCUUAAUUAUUUAGAACCCCAUCUUGAUUUGUACUUUAUUGACUGAAGUUAGAGGAGGUGGACCAAUUUAGGAAGAGAUUUUAUUCUUUGGUUUUACAAUACAUUUGUAAUUUGCAGCUGUUACUAUGUCCUAAAAUCAGGGAAUUGGACCCUAAAGUCAUAUCCCCUGGUAAAGAAAAAAGGCAGAGACAUGAUUAUUGUCUAGAAGUUAUUUUCCUCUUUAGUAAAAUUUUCCCACUUAGGGUAGAAAUUGCUGUUUACUUUUCCCUCCUACCUUGUUUGGUUACCUUCCAAAAUCAAAACACUUUUUCCAAGUGAAUAGUCUAUUGAAUAACCUUCUGAGUAGUCUGUAUCCUGCCUGUCUCCCGUUGAUCCACAGACUUAAUUCAGGUAUUUCUCAACGAGUCUCACAUCUCCUAACCAUAUUCACUGUAUCUGUUCAUUGUCACCAGUAUCUCUGUGCCUCAAAUCUAUGUGGUAGUAACCUCAGACAAAUUCACACUUAUGAAUGACAUGGACUUUUAGAGGAUCAGAUCAACAAAUAGGAUUUUUCACUUUUUUUCAGGCAGUUGCAUUCACUGUUUUAAAUAACAGAUGUCAAGUAAGUUGAUAGCACUCACAGCAAGCCACAGACAGAAAACUGAUGUGCAUAUUCUAGACCAAAGUUUAGAAGCUGUUUCAUGACUUAGGGAACCCAACAGGUUAUACUCUUUCCUUGGCACUCAUGGGAGAGAUGCCAAGUUCAGAGGUUGAACAUUCCUUUCUUGAUGCCAUAGGGAGAAAAUGGAGUCUGUGUGCCUGCUGAGGAGUCUCAAAAGGCAGGGCCGUUUACAGUUAUCACAAACAUAAAUAUCCUCUAUCAUCCACAAUGGUCAUGUUCAGGGCCACGUGAGGACCUUCAGUGUUGGGGAGAGUGCCUACCCCACCUUAAUUAGAUGAUCACUUUUUUCCCUUUUACCAUCUCUUGGCAAUGUUUCCCAUGGUCUUUACCCUUCCAGAGCCCAACCUGGACUUGAAUCCACUGCCUCUUAGAUUAAAACUGUGCAUUGUUUUUUAUAUGGCGGUUAGAGAUUUUAUAUCUGCCUCUGUAUCUUCAGUCAUGAUGUAUGCUUAAAAGCUGAGAUAUCACAUAUUGAGGGCUGUGAUUUCAAGAGUCUUUUUGAACUCUGAGCUGAAGCCUUUACAAAUAAAUAAGGAGUGUGGCAGGGAAGACGACUGUUUUUUGUUUUGUUUUGUUUUUUAAUUUGAAUCCUAUUUAUAUACUGUUAAAUUUGAGGUACUAUAGUUUAUAUAAAAGCUAAAUAUUUAGAUGACAUAUUUCAGUAUUAGGAAUUUGUCUGCAGCCAUUAACAUAACAAAUUAAGUAAUAAAUAUGAUGAAAAUGAUUGUCAGUAAAUUAUCAUAUUGAAUUUUUUGUUUAUUUUGUAGUGUCUUGUAUUUAUCUGCACUUCAUGUAUAUAUAUGCACACAUGCAUAUACAAACAUGUAAAUAACUUCAUGUUAUUCCAUAUCUAAAUUGCCACAGUAUCUUUAAUGUAUGUUUACACUGUAUUUUAAAUUACUUUAAAAAUAAACUAUGUAAGCACA